CAAUCACAUGCCACCCGUCCAAGACUUGUACAAAUCCUCCUGGUCCUAAACAAACACCCAUCACUUACCGACCCUAGACUUGAAAAACACACACACUUUCACAUCAAAACACACACUCCAGAUCUUCAACUCUUUCUUUGACCCAAAUCUCACUCAGAUCUCUCUCUAUAUAUCACAAAACCCACCUCCCAUUCUCCCCAGAUCCCCAAUCCCCCAUCUGGGUAUCCAUCAAAUUUCCCCCACAAUGGGCAAAGGUGGAACCCUGACCGAAGGUGUACUCAAAAAGAUCAUCCUUUCCUACACCUACGUUGCCAUAUGGAUCUUUCUCAGCUUCACUGUCAUCGUCUACAACAAGUACAUUCUAGAUCGCAAGAUGUACGACUGGCCCUACCCUAUUUCACUCACCAUGAUCCACAUGGGCUUCUGUUCUUCACUUGCCUAUGUUCUUGUUAGUGUUGUCAAACUUGUUGAACCGGUUCAGAUGACCCGUGAAGUUUAUCUUAAAUCUGUUGUUCCAAUUGGUUUGCUUUAUGCUCUUAGCUUAUGGCUUUCCAAUUCCGCUUAUAUUUAUUUAUCUGUGUCGUUUAUUCAAAUGCUUAAAGCUUUAAUGCCUGUUGCUGUUUAUUCGAUUGGGGUUUUGUUUAAGAAAGAGGGGUUUAAAGGGGAUACUAUGACUAAUAUGUUGUCGAUUUCGUUCGGGGUUGCGAUUGCGGCUUAUGGUGAAGCUAAGUUUAAUAGUUGGGGAGUUAUGUUGCAGCUUGGUGCGGUUUGUUUCGAGGCGACUCGAUUGGUGUUGAUUCAGAUCUUGUUGACGUCGAAAGGGAUUACGUUUAAUCCGAUUACGUCGUUGUAUUAUGUCGCCCCUUGUUGUUUCGCGUUCUUGUCGAUUCCUUGGAUGAUUGUGGAGUAUCCGAAACUGAGGGAUACUUCAAGCUUCCAUUUUGAUUAUUGGAUCUUUGGGACGAACUCGAUUUGUGCGUUUGCGUUGAAUCUUGCGGUGUUUUUGCUUGUUGGGAAGACUUCGGCUUUGACUAUGAAUGUCGCGGGGGUGGUUAAAGAUUGGUUGUUAAUCGCGUUUUCGUGGUCUGUGAUUAAGGAUACGGUGACGCCGAUUAAUUUGUUUGGGUAUGGGAUUGCUUUCUUGGGUGUUGCUUAUUAUAAUCAUGCGAAGUUGCAGGCGCUUAAGGCUAAAGAAGCGGAGAAGAAGGCUGCUCAGGUGGAUGAUGAAUCGGGGAAGUUGUUAGAGGAGAGGAGUGCGGAAAAGUCAGCGAAAAAGACCGAGGCCGAUGAUUGAUGUAUGCGGUUUCUUGUGGUCUUGGUCUGGUUACAUAAAUGGUGAUGAGAGAUGAAGAAGAGGAUCAAGAUCAUACGAGGUUAGGAAGGGCUGCAAUCUUUUUUGAUGUAUGUUUUAGUUAGUUAUUUAUAUGUCAUCUAUGUUUAUUUAUUUAAAGGACCGUCGUGGAGCCACCGAUAAAGUUAGUUCCUUUGUGACCAAAUGAUCAUGGUUUCGAGUCUUGAAAACGCUUUCUUUGCAGAAAUGCGAAGAAAAGUUUUCGGGCGAAGACUUAUCUUUUUUGUAGUCACAAAGUGAAGGAGCUUUGGUGCAGUGGUCUCUUGUAUUCUAUGUUUUAAUUAUUUUACAUUUUGAUCUUUUGUUCCUUGAUGUUAUUGAGGGUUUGAGGUUGUUGGACUCUUGGUUCCAGUCUAUGGAGAUAUAUUCAUCUUUUAUAUUUGAUUUAUAUUUUAUAAAUCAUUCA